UUGUUUUCCGUGAAAGUGUCUCUAUCCAAUCAUAAAAUGUAUAUCAGCAAACACCAUUUUUCUCACAAUUGCUGAGAAACGUUUAUCUAAUGAGAUUCACAUGGUAAUCUAAACAGAACCAAGGGUUUGACCCUUGUUCCGGUUUCUGUUUCGACACGUUAUUUCGAAUUGAGUUUCAUUCAAAUCGGAGAACCAAUAUCACUCCGACCAGUAGUUUCCAGUCUGAUGCAAAGGCGGACGAGUGCCAGACAUUCAAGGCGAUUUUGGACACCAGAGCGAAAGAUACGUUUACAGCUGAUAAUACUAACACUUGGCGAGCCACUUGACGCUGCAGACACUUCGUAUUACACUUUAAAUAGCAUAAUGCGACCCACUUGCAGCCAAAAUUAACAGAUUGACUUUGAAGGAUAUUUCAUGGCAGCUUCACUGAUUUCUACGAAUACGUCAAGUAAAGAAAACUCGGCAACUGCGUCGAUAGGUUCCUACAGUGUCCUCCUUGCCUCAUGCGUGGAAAUCUUGUUAUGUUUAUUCGGAACAAUCGGGAACUCUCUCACUAUCACUGUGAUUUGCAAGAGCAAAUCACUUCAGGUUGUUUCAAACUUCCUUCUAGCAUCCCUCGCCUUCGCCGAUCUGCUAGUAAGCGCUGUUCUCGUACCCAUGCGUGCAUCACAGCAUAUGGCCAUGUAUCGCGGAACAACAGUGCCGAAAAUGGUGAUCGAAAUCGCUGGAUUUGUUGGUCGUGUGAACAUUGUUGCGUCAAUAUCGAGUCUGGCUGCGAUGAGUAUCGACCGAUACAUCGCCUUGUCGCACCCGAUAUUUUAUCUUUCGUCAGUGAAGUUUGCAAAAGGCAAAGUUUCAUUAGCGAUUGCACUGAUAUGGACAGUGGCAUUGAUUGCGACGUUCCUACCCAAAUUCCCAGGCGUCACUGACAUACCGUUCCUUGCGUUCUUCGUUGGGUUUGUGCUUCUAGUUACUUUAGUCAUCGCGGUAACCUACUAUAAGAUUUUCAAGAUUGUCAGCAAGUCUAUCAUAGAACAUCGCGCCAACAGGCAUUUCGCGGGCAAAGUUGUCCGUCUUUCGUUUCUAGCAGGGCUUGAACCUAAACUUUGUCGCCACGUCGAUAAACGACAGAAAGACAAGGAUGCUCUUAUUCAUAAAGGGGAGCGCAAAGCUGCAGGAACGAUUGCUUUUGUGAUUGGGGCGUUUAUAAUUUUGGUGUACCCUCGUAUCAUUCUCAUCUUCUAUCACUUUGCCACCCCUGAAACAACUAAGAGCCGAGAAGCCCGUUUUUGGAUUCGAAUUUUAUUGUACAGUAACUCUGUAGUGAAUCCUCCGUUAUAUGCGUGGAGACACAACGAAUUUAAGAGAAAAUUCAAGAAGUUCUUCUUCAAGUGCUGGCGCUGUUGUCUCUGUCAAAAGUGGAAAUUAUUAAUAAUAUCCUCGUCAAAUAAGACGUCUUCAAUGCCUUCUCUUCCACGAAAUGAGGAACAAGCCGGAAAUGGAGAAAACGGACAAAAUAGUAUUUCAGUGGAGGAGGUGAAUCACAAAUUGUAGUAGAUUCCAUGAAAGCUGUAUCAACGGUCACAAAAAGUGUUCGAAAGUGUUUUUUUUGUUUGUAAGAUAAUGGCAACUUUAAAAACCCUCACCACAAAGGGUUAAUCAACCAUUUUUAAUUUUCCGGCUGUGCAAACAAGAAUUCAAAUCGUCAUGUUGGUAGGAUAUUUUGCAUUCAGGAUACUUCACUUUGUCAUGUAUAUUGUUUCAAAGAAAACCGCAUCUUCAAGUUUAAAUAUCCUGUUUCUAACUCAAACACAAGCGCAUAAUUAACAACUUAGAAAUUCACUGUCGAUCACAUUAACGUUUUCCAGUACUAAGUGGUUCGGUCUUCUCACAAUUGGUUUUAUUCUAAAACUCCUUUGUUUAUUGUACUCUUGUUGGCAAAUAGCUGCAAAUUUUGUCAAUGCAGACACCUGAAAUUCAUUCUCAAGAUCAUUCAGUAGUGCAAUUUUUUUUUUUCGCGGCAGUGCAAGAAUGUUAUAUCCCUAGUACAAGUGUGGAACUAACUAGAAAGGAAGUUUGAAGCAAGGCUAAGGGAGAAAAAAAGAAAAAGAGGUCGCCGGAAAAUAGAUAUUUAUUGAAGAAUGCACAGCAACACAAAACAAACCAGAAUGUAGCUUACUACGCCAGAAGAUAUUUGUAUAAGAAA